AUGAAGAUUCUUCACGUUCCUUGCUUGGAAGACAACUACUCCUACGUGAUCAUCGAUGAGACAACGAAAGAAGGUGCAGUGGUGGAUCCAGUUGAGCCUGAGAAGGUCCUCAAAGUUGCUGAAGAGAAUGGGGUUGAACUCAAAUCUGUUCUCACCACUCACCAUCACUGGGAUCAUGCUGGUGGAAAUGAUAAAAUAAAACAGUUGGUGCCUGGGAUUAAGGUUUAUGGUGGUUCGCUUGAUAAUGUGAGGGGAUGUACGAACAAGGUUGAAAAUGGUGAUAAGUUGUCAUUUGGGGCUAAUAUCAAUAUCUUGUGCCUUCAUACACCAUGCCACACAAAAGGUCAUAUAAGCUACUAUGUAACUGGCAAAGAGGAAGAGGAUCCUGCUGUUUUCACAGGAGACACUCUGUUUAUCGCUGGUUGCGGUAAGUUUUUUGAGGGCACAGCUGAACAGAUGUAUCAAUCACUAUGUGUGACAUUGGCCUCGCUGCCGAAGCCAACUCGAGUUUACUGUGGCCAUGAGUAUACAGUGAAGAACUUGCAGUUUGCUCUGACUGUUGAACCAGAGAAUGAGAAGAUAGCGCAAAAGUUAUCAUGGGCUCAGAAACAAAGACAGCCAGGCCUCCCUACUGUUCCUUCAACUAUUGAAGAAGAAUUAGAGACAAAUCCAUUCAUGCGGAUUGAUCUACCACAACUUCAGGAGAGGGUUGGGUGCAAGUUACCCAUUGAAGCCCUGAGGGAGAUAAGGCAGCGGAAGGAUAAUUGGCGAGGUAUGCUCACACUAAUGGUCAGACCAGUGCUUUUGGUGGCUAGGAUUUUGGCCGUCUGGCGGGUGGCGGAGGCGCCGGAGAUGAAGAUUCUUCACGUCCCCUGCUUGGAAGACAACUACUCCUACAUGAUCAUCGAUGAGACAACGAAAGUGGCUGCAGUGGUGGACCCAGUUGAGCCUGAGAAGGUUCUCAAAGUUGCUGAAGAGAAUGGCGUUGAUCUCAAGUUUGUUCUCACUACUCACCAUCACUGGGAUCAUGCUGGUGGAAAUGACAAGAUAAAAGAGUUGGUGCCUGGGAUUAUGGUUUAUGGUGGUUCCCUUGAUAAUGUGAGGGGAUGCACAAAAGAGGUUGAAAAUGGUGAUAAGUUGUCACUUGGGACUAAUACCGACAUCUUGUGCCUCCACACACCUUGCCACACAAAAGGCCAUAUAAGUUACUAUGUAACUAGCAAAGAGCGAGAAGACCCUGCUGUUUUCACAGGAGAUACACUGUUUAUUGCUGGUUGUGGUAAGUUUGCUGAGGGCACAGCAGAACAAAUGCAUCAAUCACUGUGUGUGACAUUGGCCUCGUUGCCCAAGACAACUCGUGUUUACUGUGGCCAUGAGUAUACAGUGAAGAACUUGCAGUUUGCUCUGACAAUUGAACCAGAGAAUUUGAAGAUGGUGCAAAAGCUGUCAUGGGCUCAGAAUCAGAGACAGAUAGGCACCCCCACAGUUCCAUCAACCGUUGAAGAGGAGUUAGAGACAAAUCCAUUCUUGCGGGUUGAUCUGCCAGAGCUUCAGGAGAGGGUCGGUUGCAAGUCCCCGGUUGAAGCUCUGCAGGAGAUAAGGCAACGGAAGAACAACUGGAAAGGAUGACUGAUGUUCUGCCUGAGUGUCAUAUUAUUUCUGUUCAGUUUCUGUUGUGUGAAUGUUUGGACUCAUCAUAAUGGAUCCGACUAAGUUUUACAUUGGCUGUCGGCUACGUAACGCAACUCUCCUCUUUUAUCCCAUCUUGGGACAGGGAGCGUUGAAUACAACACUGGUGGAGUUUUUCUGUUGUGUGAAUGUCUGUAAUAAUAAUGACGUCCCAUUCUUCAGAAUGCUGCUUAAGGUAUGCUCCAAUCUUCCAUCAAUUUGCUGAACCCAAUGGUGAGUUCAUCUGCGGAAAAUUGUACCAGUGCUUUUGUGUUGUGUCUAGUGUAUGAAGAACAAUCAAAAGAACACAAAAAUAACAAGAUGAACAUGAGAAUUUUAAGUGGUUCGACAACUUGCUUACAUCCACGAAAGAGU